CGUUGAUAUCCUGACUAUGACUUCUUGACUUCAAGUUCAACCAUCCCAAGUGGUUUGGAUUCGAUGUUGAAGACCGAUUGCAAGUGGGAGAUUGCUUUAGCAUACCGUGCAAUAUACUACACAGCGAAUAUUGAAUAUUAGUAUACAAACUUACAUUAAUUACAUACAAUGUCCGUCCUGUCAGUCUCGAUGUCCGCGUCCCAUUCCUUUGGCAAGAUGCCUACCUCCUACAUCUAUCUCCUGCCAAAGCUCGGAGUACAAGGUGACGCACACUGCGGCACUUCUCCAUCCUCGAACCCACGUCAAGUCCACCUCAUCGACUCGUCCCUUUUCAGUUCCCUUUCGAAACCAUCUUCCAAGUCCCCCUCCUACCAACUCUCACCCGGCUCCCUAGGCGAAAACAUCACCACCUCCAAUCUCGAUCUCCUUUCCCUUGGCGAGGGCACGCGUCUACACUUCGGGGACGAUGAAGGCCAUGCCGUGGUCAGAAUCUCGGGGAUACGGCAGCCGAGGAAGAGAUUGGAUGAGUGGCCUGAGGGACUGUUGGAAAGAUGUGCGAAGAAGGGGAAGAAGAUAGGGGUCUAUGCCACUGUGGAGAAGGAGGGAUACGUGCAGCCGGGAUCUGCGGUCUACGUGGAGAGUCCGAAGCAUUUUAAGCCAUUGGGAUAUGUGUAGGCUAGUACAUUAUCAACGGAGAAAUUUUGAUCGUGG